CGCAUGCGGAUCCAUUUUUGGGUAAAGGAAGUUGAAGAGGAAGAUGGGUUGGAGAGGGUUAUUGGGUUUUGAAUAUGGUAUAGUUCAGGCACCAUUAGGCCCAGAUAUCUCUUCUCCCCACCUUGUUGCUGCAGUGGCCAAUGCUGGUGCUCUUGGAUUUCUUAGGGCCCCUGACUGGGAAUCGCCGGAUUACUUGAGGGAACUUAUAAAGACGACUAGGACCUUAACUGAUAAACCCUUCGGGGUUGGUGUCGUUCUAGCCUUUCCUUUUGAGGAGAAUUUGAAGGUCAUUCUCCAUGAAAAAGUUGCAGUCUUGCAAAUUUCGUGGGGCGAUUGUACGAGGGAAUUGGUAAAUAAGGCUCAUUCUGCUGGGGUCAAAGUUGUUCCUCAAGUCGGGAAUAUUGAAGGUGCAAAACAGGCAAUUGAAGCAGGUGUCGAUGGAAUAAUUGUACAAGGACUUGAAGCUGGUGGUCAUGUCAUUGGUCAGGAUGGUUUAAUUUCAUUGGUUCCAAGGGUGGUUGAUCUUGUUGGUGACAGAGAGAUACCAGUUAUUGCAGCUGGAGGAAUUGUGGAUGCUCGAGGCUAUGUUGCUGCCGUAGCACUUGGUGCUCAAGGCAUCUGUCUAGGCACUAGGUUUUUGGCUACUGAGGAAAGCAAUGCUCAUCCUACAUACAAAAGAAAGUUAGUUGAGCUUGAAGAAACUGCGUACACAGAUGUAUUUGGGAGGGCAAGAUGGCCUGGUGCCCCUCAUCGUGUCUUGCAAACAUCUUUCUAUAAGGAUUGUGGAUCCCUUCCAGCACAUGAAAGUGAAGUCAACCAACCCAUCAUUGGCCAUUCAACAAUUAAUGGCGUGGAGAAAGAGAUACGACGUUAUGCAGGUACUGUCCCAAACAAGACAACUACAGGAGAUCUUGAGAGCAUGGUGAUGUUUGCUGGCGAAGGUGUUGGUCUCAUCAAGGAAAUUCUGCCUGCUGGUGAAGUGGUAGAGAGGCUAGUUGAAGGGGCUCAACUUAUAAUGCAGCAAACCUUAAAAUAGAUUGUCAAUGCCAAGAAAGAGCAGGCUUACAUUCAGUAGUGGUCGUGGAAUAACAAGAAGAGUACCAGUUUCAAAUCGAAGUUCAUAAUAAAAAUUUCAUUUUCACUGUAAUUCAUCUGGAGAAAUAUGUAAUAUUACAAUAUCACUGCAGGGAAAAAAAAGAAGAAAAUAAUCAAUAUGUUUAAUUGCUUCACCAUUAUACAUCACUGAAGACAAAAGAAACCAAAUUUAGUUUUAACAGCUCCUCCUUAAUCACUUUGUCUAAGUUCAUUGUUUUCUCUCUCCCGCACCAUUGCUUGAUGGACUUGCUUAUCCACCUCGAUGUUCUCACAUCAGAAUCAGUGACCUAUUGAGAUUAUUUUCUCUCAACUUGUUUGAGAGAAUAUAUUUAUAUCUUAAGGAU